GAUCAGGGCCUGGGCCUUUCGGAGCCGAUGAACUGGGAGCACGCUUCAAAGUUGAACCGGACGGGCUCCUUCAAAGCCUUGGGCAGCGACGAUGGCCACAUGGGCUUGUGGCAUGGUGAAACUGGGAAGUUUGUCACUCUGACCGGCUCUACCGUCAGUGCUGCAAGUUGCGAAGAGUCUGGAGCUUGUGGCACCCAGCUGCUUGCAGAGCAGGAUGAGGUGAGCUGCGACUUCGAGUCCGACUGGU